CGAAAAAGUGAUAUUUCACAUUACUGUUACCGGUACAGAAACCUGGUUAAUCAUUAGUUUGAAAGCCGUCAAAGAGCUCCAAGUGGCUCGCGUGCCUUUCUGCCAGUUGCGUGCAUUGCUCAACAUCCUGCCCCAUUCCCUUAGUGGUUCUCUGUGUGUCUGUACAGACUAGGAAGCGCCGAUGGAGGAACCUUUUCUGUCUCGCCCUUUUUUAUUCGUGCAACCCCGCUAUCCCCCCAAAAUUUCUGUUAGAGACAUCCCGCGAAGACACCCCUGAAACGAGCUCGGCGGGCUUCACACACUUGACCGGAUCGUGGGUGGAGUGCGGGGGUGCGUCAAUGGCCUACGGGGCAGCAGCUUUCUAGCAAAGGGAAGGCUUCGAACACCAGCCAAAACAAACUUACCAUUCAUAUCUCCCUGCGUCUGCCCGUAUUCAAACGAUAAACAAGACGGGAAUAGAGAAACUGAAUCUGCCACGAGGCACGCGUCACUUCAAGGCACUCGCCUGUGGAGUGCCGCGCCACUAGCGAGGCAGGUAAAGUGAAUGGGCAGUUUGGAAAUCGGUUUAUGGCGAUUGAAACCGCCCGUACCAGCCUCACAGAGGCCUGAAGGAGUCUCAUCUGGUAAAACAGGGAUCUCCGGCCCCAAAACGCCCUGGAUCCGUGUGGUCACCUCAGCUGGACACGGUGUGUCAACUGCAAGGUCGAAAUAGUCGCGUUGGAGGCUCUCGUUGUGGCCGACCGCUACCGCUUUUCACACCUCAGAAAAGGCAGCGCUCCCUAAGUCUAUCUCCAACUCCGAGAGAUAGUUCUUCUCUGGUUUUUCAAGUCUAGACGCGUGUGCCGGGGGUCCUCACCCGUUUUUAAAAUCCUUUGAAGCUGCCCACGCAGCGGGCGGGUGCCCGGCACUGUGCGUGUAGGAGCGGCGAAGGCUUAGUCGCAUUUUCGCGUGUCAUUCACUGUUGAGUCAGCCUCGAAGAUGGGUUUUCUCUCCGUCCAUAAAUAAAUUACCCGCCACAAAAGUCUGCUUCAGAUUGCUGUGUUCCGCCAAAAACCGUGAUUCAGCCUGAGCCGCGAUCCGCCGGCAGCUUUUCGCAGAGGUGUGAUUUUUACGAAUUUCUCCCUGUAUUCCCCUCCAUCCUCUCAUCUGGGUUACACAUGAGUCCGAUACCUGCCCAUUCUUUGCAUGUGCGGAUCUGUGCCUUCUUGGCGGACGCAGCGGUGGCUGCUGUCAGCAGAACUAGAACCGUCGCAGGGAAGCGCGUGACAAAAACCCUUGCUCUAAGCGGAACCCGCCAAGUUCUCGCCUUCAUCGUUUUCACGUGAAACGGCAUCUUACCCAGAGUGCACGAGUUUAUCUGGUCUUUUUAUUUACGCCGUUACGGUUUGCGGAACUACAGGCGCCGGCGGUGACGGUGAACAGCUGCUUGUAGGGUUCUGCUCUUUGCCAAGAGCUUCGGUUUCGUCAAGCGAGCUUAGCAAACAUUGGUUUCCGUUGUUUUUUUUUGUACUGAGAUGCUUUGCCGAGAGUUCCGGUUUCUUCGACUAAGUGGAGCAAACCUUGGUUUCUUGUUUGAAGGGCAACUAGUCACUCUCUACGCACCAGUCACUGUUGGGCCUCCCGACGCCGGUUCCGGACUACACACCGCGUUGAUCCCAAGGGUAGUUUGAGCAUCCGUUGAGACUCAGAGAAGUGAGCGAAAGCGACGUGCUUCGCGGAUCUACCGUCGCUUGCAGAUGAUUCGCGCUGAACUGGUGCAUCGUGUUGCGUAAGCCUGUUUCGAAAGGCCUCGAAGACGCAACUAGGACGAACAAAGCAGUUCAAAUUACAGCAGCUGCAUGCCGGAUGCAGGUGUUCAAGAGUAAAGUGAAACAUCCUAAAUUCUCUCCCACGCUGUAGAGAUUGCAAAUCAUUCCCAUCCAACGUUCUGGGAGUGUUGUGCAGGUUCCAUGUUUCCUUUGCCUGCGCGACGUCCCUUUGAACAGUUCUCAAGAGCAGCGCGAAUUCAUGAGUUAUCUGUUCGAUGUAGGUUUAUCGGAAUUCCACGUUUGUGCCGGUAGAGGUUCGCAGCGUGUGUCAAUUCCGGUCUUCCCCAGGUGCUGCACCUGAUGAACGGCUCUGCCCUGAUGCGGGCUCUCGGCUUCCUUCGACUUGCGCCCGUUUUCUCUGGAUUUGCGGCAGUGUUGUUCCGCUGUCAAGUCUAGAAACGAACUUUGCGUUUCGGGUGACGGACCAGCCCCGCUUGCCUGACGGAAAGCACCUGUCCAUCUAUGGUGCUCGCCUUUUUUCAAGAGGUACUCAGGAAAUGACAAGUUUACCUAGCUCGGAUUUGGACUUCACGCGCCACGCCUUUCUUUCAGGCACAGAUGCCGACACUCACAGGAGCUCUGGACAAGUUUGUGUGGAAGGCGUUUGCACGUCGGAGAGUGAGAGAUUUGCAGAAAUGCAUGCAGAAGAGGAGAAACGAUCUCCGGAGGUUCUCGGUGAAGGCGGCGCGUACUUCUUCGGCUCAAACGGAGACGAACAGUGCGUGUACGACGGCAGAGAGGCGGACGCGAGCCACUCCCGACGGGGAGCAGAGGCUGCUCUUCAUGCGGUUUCUCUGACGCGCAGUCGACAGGAAGGGGAGGAGGCAGUGACUCGCGUUCUCGUUCCGUCUCAGAACGGCGAAAUGGAGAAGAAACGAGCUGACGAAAUGAGACUGGACGGUCCAUUGGAAGGCCAGCAAAGGAACUCAAGGUGCCACUUGAUUCUCUACGCGCAGGGGACAGACAGACCUGGAGUGUCACUACAGUUCGCGAGAUGGCUAGCUGCCGAGGGAUACGAAGACGAAGAGAUCGACAUAGAGUGGAAAGACUGGGGUGUCCAGCUCGUCGAUGUCCGUCAAAUCAAAGUCGGGACCAUGUGCUGUCUCUACUACCAUGUCAAGCUCAACCAGCACGUGGCGAUGGAGGUGCUGAAGGCCUGUCUCUUCACGGCGGCGCAAGUCCACUACGAGUUAGACUAUCAACUUCUUCCUUCCCAUCCUCGGCGGCUGGAGUCCUCUUUCGCAAGUCUCUCUUUUUCUCGACUCCCAACCUCUCCGUCCUGCUCCCUCUGUUACUCACCGUCUCCGUCACAGAGUGUGAGAGGCCCCCUCGCAGCUGAGGAGGAACGCGAGGAAAUCGAAGCUGAAAGGUCUCAUCUCAUCAAAGAUGGAAUGCGCUCGGUAUCCCCGCGGCUCGCGUCUCGGGUCUCAGCCUCCUCACCCUCGUCUUGUGACACCUCUGCAAGCAGCCACAUGACCGCUAGACAUCCAAGCGAUCCGAGCAGUCUACCCUCCGCAGGUGUGCCGACAGCUCCCGGAGAUCUACCACCUUUCCCCUCUCAAGCUUGUGUCUCUCCCCAUUCCGCUUCUCACUGUGCUUCUCCUCAUUCUAGUACACUCUACACGUCGCAUUGUUCUUUCCACUCGAGUUCUCAUUGUGGCUCUCUGGAGUGCAUCUCGAGGAGACAGCGUAGCCCCUGGGAGAUCAAGGCGCCUCUGUCGGGGAGACAGUUGAGAGAGGCGGUGCAUGCAGCGGCGACACUCGCGGCGGAGGCGGCGGCAGGAGCUGCGCUGGCGGCUCAAGCUGCUGCGGAGGCAGUCUCAGCAGCAGAUUUUGCGGGAGAAGAGGACGUCGAAAAAGUUGAAAAAGUCGCUGGAAAAGUCUCUUUUGCGGUGCAGGCCGCGGCAGAGGCGAAGGCAAAGGCGGCAGCGGCCGAGGGAACCGCAUAUGCAGUCGAAGAUUCAGACGCAUCUGGAGACCAAAAUUCGCAAAGAGAAAGUGAAAACGAGAAGAGAGGAGAGAAGGAAACGAACGAGAAGAGAGGAGAGAAAGAAAUGAGAGACAGACAACUGUUGGGUGACGCGUGGAGAGAGAGGGUCAACAGCAGUGGAAGUGGGAGUACGCAGCGCAGCAGCACAGGCAGCGAGGCGAGCGGGAGAGAGAGCAGAGGCAUGGGACGAUGGUCUUUCCGAGACUCGCCGACGUCUCUCAGAGAGGCGCAUGCAGACCUGUCUGAAGGCGAGAGGGCCGCCGCCAGGGAGGGACUCUCAGCCGCUGCUGGACCACCCAGCGAAUCGAUGAGACAGAGAGAAGGGCCGUUGAGAGAGGCCAGAAGAGAAGACGGAGGCGCGAAGCGCGAGAGAGACAGCGAGAAACCGCCCGGCUGGCCCGGUUUGGGAUUCCCCCGAUGGAGCGACGUCGUCGUCGUCCACCUCCUGCAAACGCGCCCUGCGUUGGCUGCGACGCUCUUGGCCGACGUCUUGGCCGCGCUUCUCAGAGCCACAGCGACCGUGCAAAGCAUGGGGCUUGAACGCGUUGAACUGGGGAACGGAGGUGCAGGAGAGAAAGUGCACAGCGUGGAAAUCAAAGUACAGUUUCCAGCGAGUCUCUUGCCGUUUCAAACGAAAGUCCCUCGCGACAAGCCCGCCAUCAAGGCACUCGAAGACGAACUGAGAAAUAUCUGCAAACGACACGACGCACAGAUGCUCCUCAGAUGGGACGAUUUCGCACUAAAGCGAAAAUGCCACUCGCUGGUGGUCUUCGGUCUGAAUGAGGUUCUCGUCGAACAAGACGUGAUGGACGCGAUGCUUCAGUGUAACGACACCCAGAUCGACCUUGACAAGUUUUCUCAGUCUCUCCUCCAAGAACAUGGGGGAGUCGCGAGCGAGGAGAGGAUGUACAUGCGCAAACUGACCAAGCUGAAAGGCGCACGGGCUGCAGAUCUCGUCAAAAAGGUGCUCCCGCAUCUGACCAUCGCGAGAGGAGCGUUUUUUCUGAUGUUUGUCUUGAAGAAACUGGGUGUACGGACAGCGCUGAUGACCCACAGCUGCCAGGAAGUGGCACAUUGCGUUGGAAGACUUCUGGGGAUCGACUACGUCCUCUCGAACCACUUUGAGGUCAGAGAGGGCGCGUUAACGGGCCGCGUGGUGGGGGGAAGCUCGUCCAGUGAGGUGACGACCAGUCACAUGCUCGAUCCUCUACGGAAGAUGGACUGGCUGCAGCUGCUCAGAGACAAAGAGCGCCUGGAACGCGAUGCCCUCUUUGUCCUAGCGAAUUACGAGAAUUUCGACUUUUUGCACGGGGCGGCCGGGUUCUGUUUCUCCUUCAAUGCGCGAAGAGAUCGGGACAUUUCGAAGUUCCUGCUUCUUCUUGGCAUGAAGAAUCGUCAUCUGCAGGAGUUCCACAGCACCUUCGUUGCGUCGGCUGUAGAGGCGUCUCUGGACGUUGCGUAUCCUUUGGGUCUCACGGCUCUGGUGCAGAGACACCAAGUUUCUUUGCUCUCUCAGUUUCUUCAGCCCUCUUCCCUCGACUCGGAGGACGAAAGCGUGAGAAAUGCCAAUACGAUUUCUCCACCCGACGUCGGAAACUCGCAGACCGAGGAAGUCCGGAAGAAAGAGAGACUGAGAAAAAGCUGCGACGGCGACGCAAACGCGCUGAGAGACACUGAGGGGUCUCCAAGGCCAAGCAGCCCCCCAAGGCCAACGACUCCCCUAGCGCCAGCGACCCCCCCGGGGUCAACGGACCCCCCAGGGCCAAGUGUCCCGCUACAGAGGCGAAAAGAGAAAAGGGAGGGAAACGGCACACGGGAAGGAACGCAGGAGGUCGCUACCAGGAGGGAAGUGAACGGAGACAGUUGCGAGGCCCAGGACAAAGAAGAGGGAAGGAGCGGCGAGAAGCCGCAGGAAUCAGCGACGCAGUUGUGGAGAAAGACUGAAGAACAGGCUGAAAGAACAAGGUCGGCAGAAGGGAGACCAGAAAGCGGGAUCCGUCAUGCGUGUUCAGAGGAGAAAACAACUCUCGUGUACUUCCCUUCGUUGUCGUCUUCUUCGUCUCUCGCUUCGUCCUCUUCUUCCUCGUCGUCAUCUCCCUCUUCUUCUCCCGCGUCUGCUUUCGUUUCGGGCAAGGACGGCGCGCCACGGGAUGCUCCGGCGAGGAGGGACGAGUGUUUCAGUGCGCCCUUGGAGAGAAUGAAACUGGCAAAAGAGAGUCCAGAAGAGCGACAGGGCCUGCGGGUCACUUCCUCAGCUUCCUCGGUGGCAAGCAACUCACGCGGGGAGAAGAGAGUCGACAGGGCCGUCGUCUGCGUUUACGGCCAAGUGCGAACCAACGACGCAACGCCGCAGCUGUGGCGAAUUUUCGAGGCGCUCCGGCCAUUCGAACAAGGCCGCUCUGGGGGCGGGAGCUCGGGUGUAUGUACACCGGCAUCAGUGCGCGGUGUACGUGGAGGCACGUCGUCAUGUGGCAUCGAGGCUCUGCAGCUUGUCAACCUUCAUCACCACAUUUGUCUUGGGAUGACACUUUCCUGGAUGAGUCCGUCUUCAAAAGCGCUUGCACCUCAGCGCUUGACGAGUUCCGGCAGCGGCCGCAGCGACUCCUUUUCUUCUCUUCCGCCCGCGAAUGUCGCGGCAGCUGCUGUGGCUGCUUUGACUUUGUCUUCUGGCGGUGGAGUCUCGUCCGCGGCGCCUCUGUUCCCCCGCGUCUCCUCUCAGUCUCUGGGCCUCCCUGCGUUGGCGUCGCCUUCGCAGCAUCUGUCGCCUGUGAAAGACGUGCUUUUCGUCGCCUCAUGUCUGGGCUUGAAGGCCUCAUUCAUUCCCCAGCUGCCGCCGAACGGACGAGCGUCUCCCUACCCCCCGGGAGUCCCUGUGUCGCCCUCCGCGUCGCUGUCUUCUCUGCAGUCUUGGUCGCCAGAGGAAAAGCGGAGAAACAAAGCAGAAGAAGACACCUGCGAACGCGAGGCGGCCGCAGCGAAGGCGACAGACACAGGCGAGUCGCGGGGUGCCUUUGCUGCCUCAGGAACGUGUCAUGGUGGUCCAGACGCCGUGGGAGACGGACUCGGGCAACGCAGAGAAGAAGCGAAAGACGCUCUCUCCGAGAAGACGGAGAGCUGGGCUGAGAAGAGAGAGAGCUCUUGUGAAAACGGAGAGAACCUUUCAGAGAAUAGAGAGAGUCUGACUGAGAAGAGAGAAGAGGGAAGCGCACGAUCGUUCUACAUCGUCGUUAUGGAAGAGCCGUCGGUGUCUCCACAGCUCCUGGUCCACAUCUUCGCGUUGCUGUACGACAACCUGAUCAAUAUCGAAGAAAUCGACAGACUUUCGUUGAAUGUGGCCAAGGCGAUUCGCCUCCGCGUCGCCAUUGGGCCACUGGUGGAUGUACAGCAGCUGAAGAAACAGCUACUCUCUGUCUGUUCAGACUUUGGAGCGGACGUUGCGCUGCAGGCUGACGACAUAUCCCGGUACUGCCUCCGCCUUGUCGUGUUUGACAUGGAUUCCACGCUGGUUUGCGAAGAAGUGAUCGACGAAUUAGCCAGAGAGGCUGGUGUCAUGGACGAGGUGGCCGCCAUCACGCAAGCUGCCAUGGAGGGUCACCUGGACUUCCACUCAAGUCUCAUGCAGCGCGUCAAGAUGCUGAAGGGAAUCAAGCGGAACCGUGACAGGAGAGGUAGAAGGCCCUGUCGUUACAGCUCAAAGGAAAGUGUCUCUCAUGCGCAUGCUGGCGGAAGUCGAACAGGUGCAAGUAGAUCAAGUCAUUGCUGUCGGCGACGGCUCCAAUGACAUUCCCCUUUUGCUGCAUGCGGGCAUGGGCGUGGCAUUCUGUGCGAAGAAACGUGUGAAGGAAAACUCGAACUAUCAGCUGAAUCAGAGGAAUCUGUUUCUCCUCGUUCAUCUUCUUGGCAUAAGCGAAAAGGAUGCCCUGCAACUGGCACAGGUGGAAGACGUUCGCGAUGACUAAACCGACCCGUGGUCCGAAGAGGCUCCAUGGCUGCAGGCGUUAAAUUACCUUCGGACAAAUGUGUUUCUCUUCGUUGUCGUGGGCGUCGACCAUGAUGCGACCCCACCAUUUAGUGUUUCUAUCCGCGCUGUUCUAGUUGUAGUCCAGAUGAGGCUGAGAAGGCACUACGAAUAGUUGCAAUAGUCUCCUCAGCUUGUCGCGGUUGACUGAGUGCUGCUGACAGUUCUAGGACUCGUAGAGUUCAGGGCGAGUAAACUGCAUACACUUCGGUUGCGAAAUGAAAAUCAGAGCAGCAAUACUUUGGAUGUUCGAGGCCUUUCUGCAGCUCUGAUUCUACCUUAGGAUUCCCGCGGGUCGAGGCGAGGAACAGCGGCACAGGCUUCAGGUAUAUGCACAUGCGACAUGCUGGAGCUUUAGAUCGGGGUGUAUGUACACGUCACCUGUCCACUCGUGUGUGAGCGGUUACUGGGAGAGGGGAUUCGGCCGCAGGCGCUCUGGCUUUUGCGAGCAUAACGAGAAGAGCAUUCGACACUUACGUUUGUAGCCGUUCUCGAUCACAAAUGCUCCUGGCGCUGAUACGCAUAUUGUCGGCGAGGAUCCACACUUGCUGACACGUUGUGCCCCGGUACCGACAUCCAUUUUCGGUGUUUACCUUCAAGCGUUUCGCUGCGCCGAGUGGGGAACUAAAGAAGUGACGAGAAUUUUCGUUGCCUCUUGUCUUAGCAACGCCUGAGCUCUCCUAUUUAGAGCAGAGGCAGAGGACAAAAUGGCCAGGCGGAAUUAUUGUUCACUCGACAAUAGCUGUGACGCACAACACGACUGCUGGAGUUUUUCUGGUUUGCCACGCCGCUCAUGUUGAUGGCCCAGCUCGAGGAUGUAACACGAAGUAUCUUUGCGUCUAUCCUGGGCACUACUGCACUGACACGCAAAAACGGAACUGAAACACAGUUUCUGCUUUCCUUCCGCGCCGUUUCUUUCGUACACUCCUCCGUAACGGCUUCUGACGAGGUCCUACGUUUUCGAGAGUUAUCUGUCGACAAGCACGUCCUCAUGCAACAUUACUCAGUGGUCAUGUACACUGACUUGGCUUGCAUACCUGCACCGCGAACGGGAAACAAGCGCGAAAAAAUGGAGAAGUUACCGUGAAACAGUUUCUCAUCCUCCAGAUACCUAAAGGUGUCCAGUGGGAUGGCGAUGUAGAGCAGUCGUAAAGAACCUGGUUGCCUGAGUCACAUAAACGGAGUCACGUUCGGUGCCAGUGCGUGUCCUAGCGACAUAGAACGCAAGAGGCUGUUGGAGGGGGUGUUCUACUUUUCAGCGUCAAAUCAUCUGCCGGGGUUUUCUGGACGUUACAUGUAAUUUGCUGUUGUACCACUAUUACGAAGCCUGCCAGUUUUGUUUCUUGACGGCAUUCGAGACAGGCAGAGUGUUCCACAGUCAUGCUGUCUGCCAGUGACCUCACGCGAGAACGUGAGCGAUUAUACAAUGAUCCGAUUUUUGAAGUGUUCGUGCUUCUACAAUUGUUUCAUAUGUAAACGCAACAGGCUAAGUAGGUUGUUUUUGCACAAGUGAGAGGACUUUGAUGGCAUUGAAAGUUCGUCAGCAAUGAACAGCGUCAUUUCGACGCAAUAAUUUGUUUUGUCUUCUGGCAAAGGAAGCGUGCUCUCCGUGCUGCC